AUUUUCUUUCGUCAUCAUUCUGCGACAUCUCUACUAGCGCUAUAAAAACCACAACAUAAACUCCCAAACAAAUGAAACGUUGCUGAUUGCAUGUGGAUUGUAAAAUAUCGAUGUUGACACGUAGCCAUACCAGGCCACCCUGCGGUGAAUGAGGCACGGUCUUUCCAUAGUGCUGUUCUUUGAGCGCGGUUGGGAUGGGCCAGCAGAUCUCAGGCCAGGCGGUGAUGACCCGUCUACCUGAGAAGCUGGUGAAACAUGCUGGGCUGGUACGCGACAGCGGCUACCUCAACUACGAGGAGUUCCUGGCCAGGGUGGCAGAGCUCAAUGACGUGACGGCUAAGCUAGCAGCUGGACAGAAAAAACACCUGAUCUUUGAAGUCCAGACUGGCUCGGACGCCUCUGCUCUGUGGAAAGUGGCUGUGAGGAUAGUUUGUACCAAGAUCAACAAAGAGAAUGGGAUGGUGGAGGCGUCUCGCAUCAUGAACCUGUAUCAGUUCAUCCAACUGUACCGUGACGUCACCAGUCAGGCCGUAGAUGUGCUGUCAGCAGAGGGCGCCAGCCUCCCGUCUGGAACCCUCUCGUCAGGGGACUCCUGCCAGGCCAGCAUGUGGAUGGGCAGGGUGAAGCAGUUGACUGAUGAGGAGGAGUGCUGUAUCUGCAUGGAUGGGAAAUCUGACCUCAUUCUGCCCUGUGCUCACAGCUUCUGUCAAAAGUGCAUUGACAAGUGGAGUGGGCAGAGCAGGAAUUGUCCGAUAUGCCGCUUGCAAGUGACCGCUGCCAAUGAGUCYUGGGUYAUGCCUGAUGCCCCUACAGAGGACGACGUAGCUGGCUAUAUCCUCAACCUGGCUGACGAGGCAGGCCAUCCGCACAUACCUUAAGCUACUCAACACUAAGACACUUUGAUUAACCACUGACAACCAAACUGACAUCAAGAAUAGUUCGGGGAAGGGUCUGGAGUUUUUUGCCAGGAAAAACACCUUGCCCUGGUUUUGGGGGUAUGUAGAGAAGAUGGGUUGCUUUAUAGGAAUUUGCCUGUUGUGAUUAUUUCUUAUGUUCUUUUUUUACUUUUCCAUAUUAUUUCAAGAUUACUUUUACAUGAUUGCUCUUAAACUUGUGUGUGUGUGUAUAUAAGAAGGUUGUGUGUGUAUACAGUGCCUUCGAAAGGUAUUCAGCCCCCUUGACU